GGGGGGCGCCAGCCGGGCACACGCGCGCGGGGCGGCUCCGCGUCCCGCAAGUUUCCCGCGUCCCGGGACGGCGCCGACCGGGCGCCGCGGGCUCCUCUCCGGCGCAGGGCCCAUGCUGCCAGGGGCCAGCCUGCCAGCAGACGGCCAUGUCCCGAGAGGCCGGCUCCUGCCACGUGGGCCCCAGCGCUCGGACACGCAAGCCCAAGAAGCCGCACUACAUCCCUCGGCCCUGGGGCAAGCCCUACAACUACAAAUGCUUCCAGUGCCCCUUCACAUGCCUGGAGAAGUCGCACCUGUACAACCACAUGAAGUACAGCCUCUGUAAGGACUCGCUGUCCCUGCUGCUGCACGCCCCCCGGCCCCGGGCCCCCACCCCCGCGGCACAGCUCGACGCUGCUCCCUCCACCCCUGACCUUGGCCCUGUCGGGACCCGGGCCCCUGCCCCCAGGGAGAACCAGACAAAACCAGGCUUGGGCAGGCUCCAGGCUGAGCCCUGGAAGAGGGGUCUGGAUAGGGCCCCCCAGAGCAUGGCCCCCGCAGAUGCAGCAACAGUGGGCCCUGAGGGAGGGGCCCCCUGCUACCCGCCACCCCUCCCAAGUGGGCCCCCAGAGGCCCAGAGCUUCCACCUGCCCCUCCUGGGGCUAAGCUACCCUCUGGGCCCUGCCCUCUUCUCCUGCCUGGGGCCCUCGCUGGCAGCUGCCCACGUACCCUUCCUGGCCUCCACGGGGCCCCUGCUGCCUGUGGCCUGCCCUGCCCCCCAGGGCCCUGCGCGGGCUGGCCCUGUCCCUCGCCUCUACUGCCCUCUGCUCCUGGGGCUGCCAGCAGGUGGAGCGGCCCCCACCCAGCCCCUCACCCCACCCAAGGGACCCCCGGCAACUCCAGCCACUGGGCUGGGGGCGUCCUGGCCCUGGGGCACCCCCCCAGGGUCGGGGCAGCUAGAGCAGUUGGCCCUGAGGAUGGCCAAGAGGACGCCACCUCCUGGAAGCAGAUUGGAGCCCCCAGGGCCCCUCGCCAGCACAGCCACGUCCAGGUCUUGGAGCAGCCCUAGCCAGAGCCUCUGGCCAGAGGAGCAGGAGCCCCUGUCCCAGCAGCCCCCCAGGGGCCCUGAGCGCCCCUUGCGGGAGGACCUGGAGCUGUGCGUGAGGGGCCCAUCGCAGGAGCAGCUGGGCAGGGUUCGCGGGGAGCUGCUGGCUGUCCACCAGGCGCCAGACAUGCCCUUGGACCUGUCUCUGACCAGCCGCCUCACACUGGCCCUAUCUGGACCAUCUGGGAAGUCUCAGCGGCUGCUGGGGCGGAUCCCAGUGCCCGCGGGUGCUGCCGGGGGGCCCCGGGGCCUGCACUGCUCCCCGAAUGGCCUGCUUUUCCUCACAGCUGGUGCUGCUCCCUGUGUGCAUGUGCUGGACCUGGAGGGACAUGUCAUAUGCCAGCUGCCCUGCCACGUGCCAGGGGUGGGGCCUUUUGUGCCAGAGGAUGUGGUGGUGACGGCGGCUGGGCUUGUGGUGGUCAGCGACCUCGUCCAUGGGGCUGUCCAUGCUCUUGAACAUGCCACGCAGGCCCCCCAAGGCCGCUGGGUAACCGUAGGCACCUUCUUAGCGCCCCGGGGGCUGGCUGUGGAUGCUGCUGGCCACCUCCUGGUGACGGACUACACAGCUGGGACUGUCCACAGCUUUAGACUGGGCCCUGGCCUGCGGCCACGAGCACCCUCCUCCGUGGCUGGUCUGCUUGGCCCCCACUGGGUGGGUCUGGGACCUGACGGCUGUCUGGCUGUGAGCGAGGAGUGUGGGGACGUGUGGCUGUUUGGCAGUGCCCGCCAGCCCCUAGGCUCCCUGGGCUCGCUCAGCGGCCAUGCCUUCGGCAGCCCCGCAGGCCUGUGCACCCACGCAGAUGGCGGUCUUGCUGUGGCCGACGAGCAGCGCCGCCAAGUGACCCUCUUCCCCCGGGGCAGACUGCCUGUCCAGCUGGUGUCUGAGGGGCUGGUCCGGCCCUUGGGGGUGGCCUUUGGUCCCCAAGGCCAGCUCGUGGUGGCUGAUGCUGGGGACGGCUUCAUCAAGGUCUUCCAGUAG